AGUUUCGUAUUUCAAGUUGAAUCAUCUAUAUUCAGGUAGAGAAAAAAAUGUAAGUUUACCGUGUGAUUAAAUGCGGCCAGAAAUUCAUGGUUAGAAGAUACGUCUUAUGAUGUGAUUCAAGUGAAUAUAGUUAUUUCAAUGUUUCUAAUGGUUUCGUAAAAUACACAAUUAUUUUUGGAAUAAUUCGUUGAAGUUCGUAAAAUUUAAUAAAAAUAGGUAAUAUGCGGCCGCAGUGGAAGACGAUAUUUGUGACUGGUGGUGCAGGUUACAUUGCAAGUCACUGCAUUGUGGAAUUACUACAAAAUGGUUAUGAAGUAAUAGCAGUAGAUAAUUUCGUUAAUAGCGUAGACGAAAAUGGAGACGCUAUGAGUUUGAAGAGAGUUCGUCAAAUUACCGGCAAAUCAGUCACAUUUUAUAAAUGUGAUUUAGUGGACAUUGAAGAAUUAGAUUCCAUAUUUUCAAAACACUCCAUCGAUUGUGUAAUUCAUUUCGCUGCUAUGAAAGCUGUAGGAGAGUCGAUGAAAUUCCCCCUAUUGUACUACCACAAUAAUAUAAUAAGCGCUGUAAACUUGAUAAAUGUGAUGAAAAAACAUGGUUGCAAACAAUUGAUCUAUUCUAGCUCCUGCACGGUGUACGGUAACCCGAAAUUUCUACCUAUAACUGAAGAACAUCCAACGGGAAAUAUCACAAAUGUAUAUGGAAAAACGAAGUAUUUUUGCGAAGAAAUCUUACGAGACAUUAGUAUAGCUGAAGAGGGUUGGAAUAUAAUUUUUUUAAGGUAUUUUAACCCCGUCGGAGCCCAUUCGUCUGGAUUAAUUGGUGAAGACCCUACCAAACCUUUCGCAAACCUUAUGCCUUAUAUUGCUCAAGUUGCUCUAGGAAAGAAAAACGUUUUGACGAUUUUUGGUGGAGACUACGAUACAGUUGAUGGAACUGGUGUUCGAGAUUAUAUUCACAUCAUGGAUUUAGCUUCCGGUCAUAUUGCGGCGUUGAAAAAGCUGCAAUCCGAACAUCUAACAUUGAAAAUUUAUAACCUCGGUACUGGUCAAGGUGUUUCCGUUCUGCAACUAGUUCAAACUUUUGAAGAAAUAUGCGGUAAUCCGAUCCCAUACAAAAUUGAAGCGAGAAGAGAAGGUGAUAUUGCUGAAAUGUAUGCCAAUACAGACUUGGCAUGUAAAGAAUUAGGGUGGAAAACGAAAUAUAAUUUGAAACAAAUGUGCGAAGAUUUUUGGAGGUGGCAAACGAAAAAUCCUCAUGGUUAUAAGUUAUCUGCUGAACAAAACAACGUCGUUGUAUCCCCACCUCAAGAAAAUGACAAUAAAAAGAUUACCAACGGCCAUUCGUAAUUUAUGAUUUUUAAAAAAACAAUUCUGACAAUAAAUUAUGGAUUUUAUUUAUUA